AAAAAAAAAAAAAAGAUGUCGAGCGGCGUUAAGAGAGAUCGCGACGGCAACGCCCGUGCCAAGGGUCCUGGGGGGUACAAGCAGCAGCCGAGGGGAAGGUUCCAUGACAUGUUUGAGGGGUUCCGCGAUGAGCUUGAUGAACAUCAUGAUCGACGGGAGAGGAUUGUGAAGGCUUCGCGAGAUGUGACAGCCCAGAGCAAGAAGAUUAUCUUUGCCCUGCAGAGAGUCAAGCAGCUCAACAAGGAUUUCCCCCCCAACAUCCAGCAAGACAUGGACACCCGCCUCGCCGAGAUCGCCAAGCUCCUGGAAGGAAUCGCCCCUGAUCUUCAGAACGUCAACCGCUACCGCUACACGUCGCCGCUGCGCUGCCUGGAAGAGUUUGUCGAGGCCCUCUCGUUCGCCCACUACCUCCGCCACCAGAAGCUCAUCACGCCCGAGGAGACGCAAAAGGCCAUGCCGGCUGACAUUUCGCUGACGCCAAAUGACUACAUGUAUGGUGUUUUUGAUCUCUUUGGCGAGUUGAUGCGUUUUGCUACCGUCACGACUGCGCAGACCGGUGAGCUGGCUGGCGUCGAGGACCGCAACAUUAUGGGCGACAUCCAAGAGCUCGGCUGCGCUUUCGAGAUUCUACCAGACGUUCCUACCAAGGACUGGCGAGGAAAGAUGGGCGCCAUGCGACAGAGUGUGAAGAAGGUCGAGAAGCUGGGGUACGGGCUCGUUGUCAGAGGGAGCGAGAGACCCAAGGGGUGGGUGCCAGACAUGAAGGACGACGCCCCAGAGCCUUCUUCUCCUUGA